AGGAUACAUCGAUUUGUAUUCCCUUUGACGGUGGAUGUGCAGGGCUGCCCUUCACAUACCUAUUUCAUUGGUUAAAUGGAAAGAGCCCAGCCCAUUUGGUGUACUUUGGUUUACAAAACGCGGAUCCCUGCCGUAAGAACUCCAAUGUUGCCCAUGAAGAAUUUCAAAAGUUUGCAGUCUAAACUUUCUAAAACUUAAGGCAAAACAAUGGGCGAAAGUAAAAAUAGCCAAAGUAAAUUUCCUCAAAUUAUUUGGAAAGCCUGCAAUCUUUGUAUGUCUUUCUUUUUCGCUCUAGCAACGUAUGUUCAGGUUAAUGACCCCGAUGCUGCGAUAUGGAUGGUAGGCUAUGGAGUACCUGCCAUUUUGUGUUUCUUGAUUGGACUCAAAGCAGAUGUAACAGAGACCCUACCUUGGAGAAGGCUGGCAAAUCUCCAUGUUCUCAUAUCCAGUGCUGUUGUUUCCUUGCUGGGAUGGACUCUGUACAAAGAACGCAUCACAAACAUCUUCCAGAGGGAGGAGGGAAGGGAGUUCUCAGGUCUCCUGUUGACGGUUGUCUGGCUACUACUGUGUAGGCACUCUGGAAGGAGUGAUGUAGGGGUUGGAAGGCUGUUUCCGGCUGUUGCCAUCACAGUGUUCCCCAUUGUGUCCUGGCUUUACUAUUAUAUCAACAAGGACCUGAGGUCCAGCUGGCCAUCCCACUGCAACACUGCCAUAUAGUCAGGUAGUUUUAUAAGCUAGUCUCUCCAUCUGCUGUUUCUCCAUCAGGAUGUAAGAUGUAAAAACCUGUGGCAAUUAACUCUGUGAUCCUGAUGGUGUUCAGACAGUCUGUACUCUUGAUCAGGUAUGUUCUGACAGUCUGUACUCUUGAUCAGGUAUGUUCUGACAGUCUGUACUCUUGAUCAGGUAUGUUCUGACAGUCUGUACUCUUGAUCAGGU